AUGGCCGCCACCCCCGCGCGCACCGCAACCCUCCUCGCCAACCUCGCCGCGGUGAGCGCGCGCGUCACCACGGCUGUUACUCACUCCCCGACCCCCGCCAAACCUGUCCGUCUCGUCGCCGUCUCCAAACUCAAGCCCGCCUCCGAUAUCCACGCCCUGCACCAACCCCCGACCUCACAGCACCACUUCGGGGAGAACUACCUGCAAGAGCUCCUCGAGAAAUCGCGGCUGCUACCCCCCAGCAUCAAGUGGCACUUCAUCGGUGGCCUGCAGUCGAACAAGUGCGUGACGCUGGCACGCGACGUGCGCGGGCUCUGGGCCGUCGAGUCCGUGGACUCGGAGAAAAAAGCUACCCUGCUCAACAAAGGGCGCAGCGAGCGUGCCCCCGAUGCCGAAGAAGACACCGCGCGGCAGGCAUCAGGCGAGACAGACCUGCGGCUGCGCAUCUACGUGCAGGUCAACACAUCCGGGGAGGACAACAAGGCCGGAAUUGAGCCCAGCGCGGCGCCGGGGCUGGCGCGGUUCAUUCGGGAGAAGUGUCCGCUGCUCAAACUGCAGGGCGUCAUGACAAUUGGGGCAAUUGCGCGGUCUAAGGCGACGACGGCGGAGACGGAGAAUGAGGAUUUCGUGUGUCUGCGCGAGACGCGCGAUCGCAUUGUGUCUGAGCUGGGGCUGACAGGGGCAGAUGCAGAGCUGGAGUUGAGUAUGGGGAUGAGCUCGGAUUUUGAGGGGGCGAUUGCACUGGGCAGUGACCAGGUACGCGUUGGAACGACGAUCUUUGGCGAUCGGCCCCCCAAGGCGGAAGCCAAGAUCCUUUGA